CCACGCGUCUAAAGUCGCGCAUAAAACGCACGUGCAAAAGUGCAACAGCUUCGGUGUCCCCCACACGUCCGCUCUCUUUCACUCACGCUCUUGGCUGGCCUGGCCGACUGUCCGUCUCUUUCAUUGGCAAAGUGUAAAGUGCAAAGCUAGCCCCCAAAGCUAGCAGCGUCGGCAGAGGCAGAGGCAGCAUCAGUGAAGCGGGGCUCCAGCCACAGCUCGGCCACCGACUCGAAGUCAGUCUUAGUCGAACCUUUCAGAGCAACGCAAGUGUCUCCGAAGUCUGCUCUCUCGUUGUCGCGUGAUUUUCUGUGUGUGCCCCGAAAGUGUCGGGUGUCCGACUAAAAUAUAUAUAUAUUUUGACGAGAAUUGUUUAAGCGGAGGGCGCGUGUGAGCAAAAGCCAAAGGCGAUCUAAUCUAUCAUUAAUUCGUGCGUUCGUGCCUUAAGUCUUUCGUUUGGCGAGAGCAAUCAGCGCAUCCUACGCUUUUGUGCCCACUGCUCGAAGUGGAAGAGAAGUGGAUUAUAGCCUCAACAAAAAACGACAAAUUUUGUGCCAACAUUUGCACAGUCCCCCCCAACCACCAAAAUAAAAAGAAAAACUAAACGACGACGUUGACGAGAGCUUCGUAAAUCUAUUUAGAACGCGCAUUCAUUACAUUGUGUGCCUGAAACACAUGAAACACACAGACACCUCGCAGACACUCGAGCAACUGCAAGAGAUUGGUCCGACUUUGGUGUAAAAGUAAAAGUAACUACCGGUUAAACAAAGGCAAAUCAAAACAUACGAAAUAAAAACGUUGAACAAACGUUGGCAAAUCAAACAAAAAGCCACCCACUCACCAGCAGCAGUGCACCACCAAAAACAAAUACAAAAAUGCUGAUAUCAACCAUUCCCACAGACUCCGCGAUGGCGGCCACAAACAACGAUGGUGGCACACAGCCGCAGAAUGCUGUUUCGGCCUGGGGCCAGCCCGCUGCCGGGCCACGCAACACACAGGCCGCCGUGUCCGUGCGACAUGCCUUCAAGGCCUAUGGCAAAAAGAAGAACGCCAACCAGGUGCUCAAUAACCUGAAUAUGACAGUCCCCAAGGGAACAAUUUAUGGCCUACUGGGUGCCUCUGGCUGUGGCAAGACCACACUGCUCUCCACCAUUGUGGGACGCCGCUACUUGGACUCCGGCGAGAUUUUCGUCUUGGGCGGCAAGCCAGGCACCCGGGGAUCGGGUGUGCCUGGCAAGCGUGUGGGUUACAUGCCCCAGGAGAUUGCCCUCUACGCAGAGUUCUCCAUUAAGGAGACCAUGAUGUACUUUGGCUGGAUCUUUGGCAUGGAGACCAAGGAGAUUGUGGAGCGCUUGCAGUUCCUGCUCAACUUCCUCGAUCUGCCAUCGGAGAAGCGUCUGGUCAAGAAUCUGAGUGGCGGGCAGCAGCGUCGCGUCAGCUUCGCUGUGGCUCUCAUGCACGACCCGGAGUUGCUCAUUCUCGAUGAGCCAACUGUGGGUGUGGAUCCCCUGCUGCGUCAGAGCAUCUGGAAUCACUUGGUGCACAUCACAAAGGCUGGCCAGAAGACGGUCAUCAUUACCACACAUUACAUUGAGGAGGCGCGACAGGCGCAUACGAUCGGUCUUAUGCGAUCCGGACACUUGCUGGCGGAGGAGUCGCCCAGUGUCCUGCUUUCCAUCUACAAGUGCAUCAGUCUUGAGGAGGUUUUCCUGAAGCUCUCGCGCAUCCAGAGCCAGAAGGGAGACGUGACCCAUGUGAACUUCAGUAACAACAUCUCGUUGCACGCAAUGGCCUUUGGCAGCAAGAUGGACAAGCCCAGCUCCAGCCAAGAGGGCGGCGUUGUGGGCCUCAACUUUCACCAGAGCAAGGAGGUGCUGAUCAAUGACAGCAAUGGCUCCAUCUACACGCUCAACCAGGAACCGUACAGCCCACCGCCUUCCAGGCGCAACAACAACCCCAAUGAUGAGGAGAGCUGCCAGGACUGCUAUGCCAAUCUCUGCAAGGUCACCUCGAAGGGCAAGAUCCGUGCCCUCUUGACCAAGAACAUGCUGCGCAUGUGGCGUAAUGUGGGUGUGAUGCUGUUCAUCUUUGCCCUGCCCGUGAUGCAGGUGAUCCUCUUCUGUCUGGCCAUUGGACGCGAUCCACAAGGCCUCAAUCUGGCCAUAGUCAACGGAGAAAUGAACAAUACGGAGACCUGCUUCUGGGAAGACGGCUGUCACUUCGCCAACCUGGGAUGUCGCUAUCUGAAUCACCUGAACACGAGCGUGGUCAAAACGUACUAUACGGAACUAGAAGACGCCAAGGCGGCCGUGAGAAGAGGCGAGGCCUGGGGAGCUGUCUACAUCACGGAGAACUUCACGGACGCCUUCACAGCACGCGCUGCCCUUGGCCGCGAGGCGGAUGACGAGACGCUCGAUCAGUCCGAGGUGAAGGUCUGGCUGGAUAUGUCCAAUCAGCAGAUCGGCGUCAUGCUGAACCGCGACAUACAGCUGGCAUAUCGUGACUUUGCCAUGGGCCUGCUCGGACAGUGCGGCAACAAUCCCAAGUUGGGCGAUGUCCCGAUUCAGUUCCGAGAUCCCAUCUAUGGCACCAUGAAUCCCUCAUUUACCGAUUUCGUAGCACCCGGCGUGAUCUUGACAAUUGUCUUCUUUUUGGCUGUUGCUUUGACGUCAUCUGCAUUGAUUAUUGAGCGCACUGAGGGCUUGUUGGACCGUUCUUGGGUGGCUGGUGUUUCCCCUGGCGAGAUCCUCUUCUCCCAUGUCAUCACCCAGUUCGUGGUGAUGUGUGGCCAGACCACGCUGGUGCUCAUCUUCAUGCUGGUGGUCUUCGGUGUGACCAACAAUGGUGACCUGUUCUGGGUGAUUGUGCUGACGCUGCUGCAGGGCAUGUGCGGCAUGUGCUUCGGCUUCCUCAUCUCCUCCGUUUGCGAGCUGGAGCGCAAUGCCAUCCAAUUGGCGCUGGGCUCCUUCUACCCCACCCUGCUGCUGUCUGGCGUGAUCUGGCCCAUCGAGGGUAUGCCCGUGGUGCUGAGAUAUAUUUCAUUGUGCCUGCCCUUGACGCUGGCCACCUCAUCGCUGCGCUCCAUUCUCACCCGUGGCUGGGCGAUAUUCGAGUCUGAUGUCUACAUUGGCUACGUGAGCACGCUCUCCUGGAUCCUGGGCUUCCUGAUCCUCACGAUGCUGGUUCUGCGGGCGAAGCGCGGCUAGAGGAGUCGUCUGUAAACCGGAGUACAUAAUUUUAGAUCGCGUUUAGUCGUCAUUGUCGUCCCUUCAUAGCUCUUAAGAUAGUUUCCCCCUGGUUGUUUAUUUUUUUAAAUUCUCAAACACUCUACCCCUCGACCUUUGCUCCUUUAUGUGUAUCUCUCUUUUUCCGCCCAAAUGUCAUAAAUUAUUUAAGCACACGCAGCUUUCCUUAGCUUCUACUUCGCACUGCACUCCGAGCCCUAUAAGUAGUCGUUUAAGUCUGCACAUUUCGUAGUUUAAUUUGUAAGGUUUAGGUACCUAAAUGAAUUGUUGUUGCUGUAAAUAUGUUUUGUGUCACAAAUUAGAAGAAAAAGUCCGUUUGUGAGCGACCUACCUAGACGUCCAUUAUUCGCAAUCCUCUGUUCUAGACCUUCUCUUGAUUCCAAAACGGGCAAUUUAUUACACACACACACACACAACACUAAUUUUAUAUAUUUUUCAAUGGACUGUGAUUGUUUUUUUACAUAUUUCACGCGAAAGCCUAAAGAACAAAAAAAAAACAAGAAAAACAAACAAAAACAAUAUGGUGGGUUUUGUUAAUAACAUUAAGUAGUUUAAAGCAUUUUUGUAUGGGUUUAAGUUUUUUAAGUUAAAACAUAAUUAAAUACAAUAAUGUACACACUACCCUAAAGAGUAUAUCCACAUAUACGAAUACACAUAUUUCAGGAAAUAUUAUGCUCAAGGCAUAAGUAUUUCACAACGAAAAAAUCGUAAGAUAAAGAACAAACAACGAACAAGUGAAGCAAAAGUCCUUAUUUAAGCAUGACCAAUCAUUUACUAUGUGAGCGCAGUUAUGUAUAAAUAACAAUAAAAACGUGAAUAAAAAUCUA